GGGACUUUGCCAAGGCAGAGUUGCUUGGCUUAGGAAUAGGUUCAACGGUUAGAGAACUUUUCUUCAUCUUGAUUCAAGGUGUUUGAGAAUGCUGAGCCUCUGUGUGGCACCUCUGAGACUCUCCAGCAUGCCCCACAAGUUGCAGAGCGUUCUUCCACCACUGUGCCUCCUUGGCUUCUUGACUUCGCUGUUGUGCCCCUCUGGCCUGUGUGAUUGCAGUAACCCUCCUAGCAUUGCCCAUGGAUCCCAUCACGACGUGAGUUCAUAUUUUUCCUUUACGACUGCGGUGCACUAUGAGUGUGAUGAAGGAUAUAUUCUGGUAGGAAACCCCAAAAUCACCUGCAGAAAAUCACAAUGGUCAUCUCCAGCUCCUGAAUGUAAAGCUCUGUGUCUGAAACCUGAGAUAGAAAAUGGAAAUUUGUCUGUGGAUAAGACUCUCUAUGUUGAGCUUGAAAAUGUCACUAUCCAGUGUGACAAUGGCUAUGGUCUUGUCAGCAAUCAAAGUAUCACCUGCUCAGAAAACAGAACCUGGCACCCAGAGGUGCCUACGUGUGAGUGGGAAGUCCGUAAUGGCUGUGAGCAAGUGGUAGAAGGCAGCAAACUCUUGCAGUGUCUCCCAAGACCAGAAGAGGUAAAAAUGGCCUUGGAGGUGUAUAAACUGUCUCUGGAGAUUAGACGACUCAAACAAGAGUAAGACUCGAAGAGGAACAUCAGUUAGAAAUCAUUGCAUCCAGUUUCCCUCACUUAUUCCACAGCCUCCCUCCUCUUCCUGGCCCCACCAAAUAAAGUAUUAAGUACAUUUCUUUUAUUAGCAACUCUACUGUAUCUUAAAUACUAUUAUCUGCUGAAAAAAAAAGUGCUUGUGUUAGGAGACUCAGUGAUGCUGAUAAUGUGGAAUUAUUGAUAAUCUAUAUCUUAGCUCAGAUUAAGCUUCUGCUUUCCUGGGUUUGGUGGGAUUUCAGAAAUAAAUA